GGCGAGGAGCCGGCACCGCCGAGCAGCUCGGUGCAUUAGGGGCUUUCCCCCGGGUGCUGCAUGGGCAGGAGCGGGAAGCCGUCCCCUGGGGAGUGCGGUGUGCGGCCAGCCUCGUCCUCUCCACUUAGCGGGCACUCGCGAUCGCUGGCGACAGCGGGUCUCGCUUCUGCGGGGCGCGGGCAGGGCUGAGGUUUGAUCACUGCGGGACCCGGAGUGGCUUGGGCUUGUCAGCGGAAACUUAUCCCGAGCCCAGCUUUCUCAUGGCUUGUUACAAGCCCGCCCGUCUCCAGCUGCUGACAGCCCGGCGAGGGGAGGAGAGGAGCCGCCGCGUCCCUCUCGCUCUGGCCCCUCCGGGGGUUUCCUCGCCGGGGCGCGGAUCCUCCUCUCAGCCCCAGGGCUGCCCCGCCACAGGAGCCCGGAGCCCUGGGGACGGUGCAGAGCUGGGAGCUGCUUGCAGGCUGGGGACUUGAUGGCAGGUCCGGAAAGAGGGAAGCCGAGCUCGUGUGGCAGGAGGGUGGGUGAGCGGCUGGGGAGGCGGCAGUUCCUCCGGGACAAAGGCUUAUAACGCCGGCUGCAUCCGUCCGGGUGUUGAAUGAACGCGCUCUUCUCUCCCCCGCCUCGCAGGAAUGCUGCAGCAUGAACCCACCGCCUAGAGAGAAGCCAUCGCGCCGCCUCGGCUCCACUCCCUGAGCCAGCCCGACAGCAGCGUCCGGCGCGGAGCCUGCACGGGGACUGACGCCGGGAGCCGCUCCGCCGCCCGGCUUCGGCGGGAUGCGCUCGCCGCCGUCUUCAUGCCGGAAGGAGGGACUCUGAGCCGCUGCUCCGCGCCCUGCAAGCCUCUCGGGCACGGACCCCGGGCAGCGGCGGGGCCCCGGACGGGAGCCGUGCACGUGUCGCCCGCCGGCGGUCCCCGGUGAAGGCGCCCGCUGCAGCCGGUGCUGAGGGGGAGGCACCCCUGAGCCUUUCGCCGCCGAAACGAGCGGCGCAUCCCGGGGUGGCGGCGGGUCCCAGCCGGCGGCCGCGAUCCGGUGCCCCAUGGUGCUGCUGCGGAAGCUGCCGGGCAUGCCGGGCUGGCCAGCGGCGCUGGGGCUGCGGCUGCCGCAGAAGUUCCUGUUCCUGCUAUUCCUCUCGGGCCUGCUCACGCUGUGCUUCGGAGCCCUGUUUCUCCUGCCCGAUUCCUCCCGCUUCAAGCGCCUCUUCUUGCCCCGCCGGGCCACCGCCUCCACCUCCUCUUCUUCCUCCGCCUCCUCCUCCUCCGCUGCCUCCUCCUCCUCCACCCGCGACACCGACCUGCCCCGCAGCCCACCCGCCGCCGCCGAGCCCCGCCACGCCAGCCCCGCCGCGCCGCGCCGCCUGCGGGAGAAGCUGCGCGCCGCCGCCCGCCCCGCGCCCCGCGCCCGGCAGCAGGUGCAGGGCGGCGGCGACGGCCGAGCCGAGCCCGCCACCGGCGCUGCCCCCGCGCGGGACACGCGAGCCCCGUUCCGCUUCGACUACGAGCGGUUCCGCCGGAGCCUCCGACACCCGGUGCGGGGCAGGCGGCCCGGCGAGGACCCUGAGACCCGCGCCCGCAGGAUGAAGAUUAAGGAGAUGAUGAAAUUCGCUUGGGAUAACUACAAACUCUAUGCACUUGGGAAAAACGAACUGCGACCGCUGACCAAGAAUGGCCACAUCGGGAACAUGUUCGGAGGCCUUCGAGGAGCUACAGUGGUAGAUGCCUUAGAUACUCUGUACAUCAUGGAACUCGAGGAGGAAUUCCAAGAAGCAAAGAAGUGGGUGGAGAAGAGCUUUGACUUGAAUGUGAAUGGAGAAGCAUCCUUGUUUGAGGUGAAUAUCCGCUAUGUUGGAGGACUGUUGGCCACAUACUACUUAACUGGAGAAGAGGUCUUCAAGAGUAAAGCUUUGGAACUUGGAGAGAAACUUUUGCCAGCUUUUAACACCCCCACGGGUAUCCCACGUGGCGUCAUAAAUCUGGGCAGCGGCAUGAGUUGGAGCUGGGGCUGGGCAUCUGCUGGAAGCAGCAUCUUGGCAGAAUUCGGUACCUUGCACUUAGAAUUCCUGCACCUCUCGGAGCUCUCUGGCAACCCUGUGUUUGCAGAAAAGGUGAUGAACAUCCGCAAGGUCCUGAACAGAGUUGAGAAGCCACAGGGCCUUUAUCCCAACUUCCUCAGCCCAGUGACAGGGAACUGGGUGCAGCACCACGUCUCCAUUGGGGGGCUUGGGGACAGCUUUUAUGAAUAUCUCAUCAAAUCUUGGCUGAUGUCGGACAAGAAAGACUCCGAAGCUAAAAAGAUGUAUGAUGAUGCACUAGAGGCAAUAGAAAAGCAUUUGGUCAAAAAGUCUGCUGGAGGAUUGACCUACAUCGCUGAAUGGAGGGGUGGUGUCUUGGAUCACAAAAUGGGCCACUUGGCUUGUUUCUCGGGGGGCAUGAUAGCCCUUGGAGCCGAACACGCUGGAGAAGAGAGGAAGCAACAUUACAUGGAUCUCGCUGCGGAAAUAACAACCACAUGUCAUGAGUCUUAUGCACGCUCAGAUACCAAACUGGGCCCCGAAGCCUUUCGCUUCGAUGCUGGAACUGAAGCCAUGGCAACCAGACUCAGCGAGCGCUACUACAUCCUGCGGCCAGAGGUGGUGGAAAGCUACAUGUACAUGUGGCGGCUGACACACGAUCCCAAGUACAGGCAGUGGGGCUGGGAGGUUGUGAAGGCCCUGGAAAAACAUUGUAGAGUAGAAGCUGGUUUCUCUGGCAUCCGAGAUGUUUAUACCACAACCCCAGCCCAUGACAACAUGCAACAGAGUUUUUUCCUCGCAGAGACUCUGAAGUACCUCUAUCUUCUGUUCUGUGAAGAUGAUGUGCUGUCUCUGGACGACUGGGUGUUCAACACAGAGGCUCACCCCCUGCCAGUCAACCACACGAACUUUAAAGCAAGCGUGCAGCAGUGAGGCCACUGCCCAGGCCCUGCUGCUGCAGCCUCGGCGCGUUACGGCUUUUCCUUUCCAUUAAAGGAAUUUGCAUUGUUCCUGAAAUGGUAUUUUGGGGCACUAGUCCAAUUCCGGACAGUAUUGUAUGGGGAAGAUGAAACCAUGAUGUAAGCACCUUCUUUUCCUCUGUGAGGAGCUCUAUUAGCCUGAUACUGAGAUGUUUAUUCUGGGCCAUAUCGUACACAGUUCAUAGACAUUCCUUUAUACAGAGAAUUUAUAUGAAAUCCACUGACUUUGCUUUAUAGUGGCCAAAGGACUGGAAGUUUGCCAUAAAAUAGACUUUACACACACACACAUCCUCCUUUUGUUUCUCAGUUUCAUUUUUGCCUUUUAUAUACUCAUGGAUUGAUCACCUUUCUAAUGAACAGUUGCCAAUAGACUGUGCUUCCUAGGCACUUAGGAAGGACAGGACAGGAGCACAAGGAAGGGGAGAUGCCCUUCAUGUGAGAGAGCAAGUGGAGUGCGUGGAGCUCUGCCUAGGGAUAGAUGAGGAGCUGACUGUGAGCUUAUGGGUUAGGAUUAAAGAGAAGACAGAUAAAAGUGACAUUAUAAUGGGUGUCUGCUAUGGGCCAGCUGGCCAGAAAGAGCCCACUGCUCAACAAGACAGGGGACCUGAUUACACAGGACAUGGAAAAGGUUGAAAUACCAAAUGUCACCUUUGUCUCAGUCUUUACUAGCAAGACUGGUCUUCAGGAAUCACAGGUUCCAUAGACCAGGGGGAAAGGCUGAAGCAAAGAAGAUGUACCCUUGGUGGAAGAGGAUCAGGUCAUGGAAUACUUAAGCAACCUGGACCUACAGAAGUCCAUGGGCCUUGAAGGGAUUCACCCACAAGUGCUGAGGGAGUUGGCAGAUGUCACUGUCUCAAUAAUCUUUGAUUGACCAUGGCAACUGGGAGAAGUGCCCAAAGACUGGACUAAAGCAAAUGUUCCUCCUAUCAUCAAGAAGGGCAAGGAGGAGGACCCAGGAGCUAUAGGCUCAUGAGGCUCACCUCAGUCCCUGGGAAGGUGACACUAUCCUGGAAACCAUUUCCAGGCACAGGAACAACAAACGAUUCCUCAGGAGUAGCCAGCAGGGCUUCACCAAGGGGAAUCAGGCUUAACCAACUUGCUAAACUUCUAUGCUGAAAUGACUGGCCUGGUAGAUAAGGGGAGAGCAGCAGAUAGAGUCUACCUGGACACUGUCAAAGGAGAGCAUCAUAGACAAGCUGUUGAUCUAUGGGGUGGCUGAGCAGUGAGGUGGGUUGAAAACUGGCUGAUGGUUGGGCAUAGAGGUGGUGAUCAGUGGCACAACGUCUAUUAGAGGCCAGUAACUAGCAGAGUAUCCCAGGGAUCAAUACUGGUCCAGUCCUGGUUAACAUCUUCAUUAAUGAUCUGGAUAAUGAGGCAGGGUGCACCCUCAGCAAGUUUGAUGAUGACACAAAACUAGGAGGGGUGGCUGAUAGACCAGAGGUCGUGCUGCCAUCCAGAGGGAUCUCAACAGGCUGGAGAAAGGGGCUGCUAAGAACCUCAUGAAGUUAAAUAAGCAGAAGUGCAAAGUCCUGAACCUGGGAAGGAACAAGCCCAUGCUCCAACAUGUGCUGGGAAGGAACAAGCCCAUGCUCCAACAUGUGCUGGGAAGCCCGGCUGGAAAGCAUCUUGGCAGAAAAGGACCUGGGGGUCCUGUGGACACCAGAUUGACCAUGAGCCAGCAUUGGGCCCUUACGGCAAAGAAGGCCAGUGGUAUCCUGGCCAAAGGAUGCAUUAGCCAAAGCAUUGCCAGUGGGGCGAGGGAGGUGAUCCUUCUCUACUCGGCACUGGUGAGGCCACACGUGGAGUGUUGUGUCCAGUUCUGGGCUCCUCAGUACAAGAGAGACAUGGACAUAGUGCAGUGAGUGCAACAGAGGGCCACAAAGAUCAUUAAGGGACUGGAACAUCCCUCCUAUGAGGAGAAGCUGAGAGCUGGGACAGUUUACCCUGCAGAAGGCUCAGGGGGAAUCUUUUUUAUAUAUAUAUAUAUUUAUGUAUAUAUAAAUACCUGAAGGGAGGGUGCAAAGAGGAUGGAGCCAGGCUCUUCCCAGCGGUGCCCAGUGGCAGGACCAGCAGCAAUGGGCACAAACUGAAACACAGGAGAGUCCCUCUGAACAUCAGGAAACGCUGCUUGUCCUGAGCACUGCACAGUGACUGAGCACUGCACGGGUUGCCCAGGGCGCUGUGGAGCCUCCAUCCUUGCAGGUGCUCAGAAGCCACCUGCAGCCAGGUCUGCGUGGCCGUGCUUGAGCAGGGGGUUGAACCAGAUGCCACAGAGGCUCCUGCCAACCUCCCCCAUCCUGUGAUUCUGUGGUGUCAAAGCUGUAACUGAAUCAAAACCUGUCUGCAAAGUUCUUGAUUCUAAUGUAUUUUUAUAUACUUUUUCUGUGCUCUUAAAACACGUUUCCCACACGUGACAUCUCAUUUAACUUCCCUUCAUUGUUUUUGUGUUUUUCUACUUUUAUUUGGAACUAAAUGUUAUGAGUCACUUGUAAUAAUUUCACUGCUGUAAUAGUCAAAUCUGUGAAACAGAAUAAAGUCUUGUAAAAUAAAAAGCA